GUGCCGGUACUGGUACCGGGCCGAAAUUUGACCCCCCUCUCUCUGCUGAGCACACGGCCACACGCCCCAACUCUCGCGAUGGCGGCCUCUGCCGCCGCGGGGCGCUCGUGGGACCCAGCCGUCUCGCUGCGGCUGGGCCACCCUGCGCUGGUGCUCCUCGAGCGGUGCCGCGGGGCGCGGCCGUUCCGGGCCAUCCUUGCCCACCUGCUCCGCCUUGGCCUCGCCAUGGAGACGUUCCCUAUGAGCCGGCUCCUCCAUUACGCCAUCGUCGUGUCCUCCCCGCGCCUCACGCGCGAGGCUGAGCUCCUCUUCCAGCAUUUCACGCCCCGCCCCAAUCUCUACAUCUAUAAUCUCAUGCUCUCCGCGGCGGCGGCGCGCGACUCCUCCUCGUCGACCCAGGCGGCGGCUCUCUACCGGUCCAUGCUCGCGUCGUCCGUCCUCCCCGACCAGCAGACCUUCCUCGCUCUGCUUAGGUCGGUGGAACGCCUGUCCGCCGGGAGGCAGGUGCACGCCCAUGUCGUUGUGAGUGGUUUGCACUCGCGCGUGUACCUGCGGAACUCUCUGAUCAAGAUGUACAUCGACGCCGGGGAUGUGGAGACCGCCGAGCUGAUGUUCCGUUCUGCACUGGUGUUGGAUACCGUGUCUUGCAACAUCAUGCUAUCUGGGUAUGUGAAUGAAGGGUGCACCCUGAAGGCGCUGUGGUUUUUCCGUGAUAUGGCAAGCCGGGGGAUUGUUGUUGAUCAGUAUACGGCUGUUGCUCUGCUCACUUGCUGUGGGCGCCUGAAGAACGAGCUUAUUGGGAGGUCUGUCCAUGGUGUCAUCGUGCGGAGAAUGGAUGCAGGAGAUCAUGGGUUGAUUCUGGUAAAUGCUCUUUUGGACAUGUAUGCAAAAUGUGGGAGAAUGAACGCAGCAAAGACAAUCUUUGGUGAAACUGGUGAGAAGGAUGCCAUUUCAUGGAACACCAUGGUUUCAGGUUUUGUAAAUGCUGGCAUGUUGGACCUUGCUAGCAGAUUUUUUUCUGAGGCACCUUCCAGGGAUCUAAUAUCCUGGAACGCGCUUCUAGCUGGAUAUGCUAGAUACAAAAGUUUCAAUGAAGUGAUGAAGCUAUUCCAUGAUAUGGUUGCCAGUUGUGUAAAUCUGGACAAGGUGACUGCUGUUACCUUGAUUUCUGCGGCCACAGGUAAGGGAUCACUGAAUCAUGCAAAGAGUGUCCACGGUUGGGUAGUGAAAGAAUUUGACCAUCAGGAUGCUUUUUUGGCGUCGGCUCUUGUAGACAUGUAUUGCAAAUGUGGAAAUGUUAAAACAGCUUACUAUGUGUUCGAGAAAGCCUUGGACAAAGAUGUUACCUUGUGGACAGCUAUGAUCUCUGGCCUUGCAUUCAAUGGCCAUGGAACUGAAGCAUUGGAACUAUUUUGCAAGAUGCAAACUGAGGUCGUAGCACCUAAUGGUGUCACAUUGCUUGCUGUUCUCAGUGCAUGCAGUCAUUCUGGUCUGCUGGAUGAAGGAUGUAAGAUUUUUGAUGCUAUGAAGCAAAGAUACAGUAUUGAACCAGGGAUAGAACAUUUUGGGUGUAUGGUUGAUCUCCUUGCACGGUCAGGUAGGCUGAUUGAUGCUUUAGCUUUGGCUAGGAGGAUGCCGAUGAGGCCAAGUCGGUCUAUAUGGGGUUCCAUUUUAAAUGCAAGUUUGGCUGGUCAAAAUAUUGAAGUUGCAGAAAUUGCUUCAAAAGAACUCCUUCGUCUUGACCCAGCAGAAGAAGGUGGAUACGUCUUGCUUUCCAACUUGCAUGCGGCUGGAGGUCACUGGAACCACAGUGACAAAGUGAGGCAGAUCAUGGAAAGAAAAGGAUUGAGAAAAUUAGCAGGUGCUAGUAAUUUUGGAUCUUGAUGUUGUUGCUUCACAAGUUCAGAUGCCAGGCAAGACUACCAUUUUUUUUGAAAUGCAAGCUUGUUUCUUCUAAUGAACGGAUUAAAUCUUGUACAUUUCAUGGAAAUUUGCUACGCCCUCAACAUCUGUCGUGCGGGCGUUCACCCUCUUGUGAAGUUUGUUCAGCCGGGCGUUUCCCACAGGAGUUUGCCUGUCCAGGUAUUCUCUUAAGUCGCUAAUCUGUUGUUGAGUAGAGGAGGUGUUUGGGCGAGACGAAUGUAAGUUUAAUUAAUCUAUAAUUUACAAAUGUUAAUUUAGCAUCAUAUGGAUAAACUAGUUAUAUACCCGUGCGUUGUUACGGAAACAAUAUAAUAAAAUACAAUGAUAUAUACAAACAUUAAUUGUUAUUCUAUACUUUUGUUAGUAUCACUAAAAGAUGAGAACGAUGUACUUCCAUUCACACUAAAAUCUGAAAUGGACUUCUACUGCAAGCUCGAUGCUAUUCUCACUUCAUUCCUACCAAUCUCAGCUUAUUUUAGAUUUUUCAGUAAAUAAAUCAAUAAACAUUUAGAAUUUAUAAAAGAUGAGAAUUUAUUCAGUAUAAUAGUUAAACUCGUCACUUAUAGAUAAAUGCUCUACCAAGGGAACAUUCAUGCCACUAUAACAAAUUACCUAAUAUUGACUAUACUAUUGCAGCAUUAUGAAGCAUUCUAGUAGCAGUACAUAUAAGCAUUUUUUCUAUCAAUAAAACUAUGUUUUGAAGCAUGCUUGCACAAAAACCAACCAUUUCUUUACCUAUUGCGUCAGUCAGCUUUAUAAAGCAUUCCAGUAAUACAGUGACAUGCCUUCAUAGCGGUUAUUAAAGCACCACUAAAAAUUACGCUCGAGACAAGAACGGGUCAAUGAAAAUUCCAGACAAAUACGGAUGCAAAUAAAUUAGCUACAAUGUCAUCGCACUAUUAACCACAAUCAGUGAAAAAUUUCAUAUACCAGAUAAAUACAUAUGCAAAAUAACCACCAACAAAGGAGAAGAAUGGACCUGGUGUCUAACCUGACCAAGCUGCACCACAAACUCAUUCAUCUGAAACUCUUAUCUCCUAUAAUAUAUAUAAAGCCCUUGAAAUGACAUUAGAAUCCAAGUGUUCCCCAUAAAGUUUAUCAUUUCGGACCAACAAAGUUUGUAUUAGGGUCAUUUCUCGACCAUUGUUAAUGCAAGAAAGAAGCAUCGAAUGAGAUGUAAAAGAAUUCAAAGAAUGUACGUUGUACAUAAUGGAAUACAUCAUGUUUUCAAAAGAUAAAUGAACUAAUAGUCACAAUAUCAGAUACCAGACCAUAUUUUGAACCAAAUAUACAAAAGAUGUAAUCUUCCCUCCUUUUAUUAGCACAAGACUUUUAUAACAUCAGACACCAUUGACGUUUAGUUAUAACAUAAGUACUUUAUUAGUGAGGUAUUAAAACAAUAAAAUAAGCAAACAGUUACCUAAACAUUAAACUGUAAGCUAGCCAUACACUACAACAACUGCUGUAGCGCAGAUGGCCCAUGAAGAAUGUAAAGAAUGCUCUAGGAACCAAAUCUAGCACUGUUUUUGGAUCUGGACAAUAAAGUGAAGCACAUGAUCGAGCAACGAAGCACAAAUGACAUCAAGAUCAUACAGAAGCCUCCCAACGGUGAUGAUAGUAGUGACCGGAAACUCCUGCUGGUGUCAGACCUAGGGAACUAAAUCUUUGGACCUCCAAUCUAGCCAUGAGAGUGUUGGUCACAGCUUGCUUCAGCCAAAGUUGUUCCUUGUAAACAACAUACCUGCAUUUCAUUUAUCGAGCUAUCAACAAAUAAUAUUAGCAUCACUAAAUUUUGGAACAACGCAUGUUAGUUUUAUUUUAAUUAAAUAAUUAUGCUUACUGGUCUAUGACAUCUCAUAUGCGUAGGUGGCGCCUCAAUGAUGGAGCUAGAGAGCAGCAAGGAUUGAGGAAGCUACCGGGACCAGGAGCAAAGAAUGAAAGCCAAGUGAAGAGGCAGGAUGGGAAUGUAGGGGAGGAGUCGAAGGCGAUUUGAGAGGAAGCCUCUGAGGAGGCAGCUUUAGGUCAAUGACACAGACUGAUCGAUCACAGUUGCACGUUGUGGACUGGGAUCUCACUCGUUUGCCUUGGAAUGGGAGAUAGUAAUCAUCAGUUGCUUAUGUUAAAGUACUUGGGAUCAGCGGGGAAGUCAUGCUCCACUCACAGCUACAACAAAGUUGGAACCUGUUACAUUAAAUUCUACAGAUUUAACAGAACAAGAAACAAGCAAGGAAUAGUUUGAUUUAUUGAAAACAUGAAGGGAAACUUUGCUUAUGUCAAAGGAACUCGGAGGUGCGAGCAAAGCCUUGGGUACACCUAUCGCAAUUCAUCUACUCCCUUUCAAAGUGAAGAAACCAAUUACAUAUACAUUGAGUGCUUCAAAUAUUGAAAACAUGAAGGAAAAAAUAUUGCAAAGCUAUUGCUCGGUUAUGAUACUUCAGGAGGAGCUUAGGGCGUUUGUGCGGCUCUGGCCUUGUCUAAUGGCAUAAUCAAUCUCUCUGGUACACUUCUAGAAGUAGUUUAUUUUGUGUAUACUCGAGUGUCCCUGUGCUCCUUGACCAUGAUAGUACAAGGCUGACUUAAUGUUAAAGCUACUGUUUUUGGAGAACUCUGGAAGCUGGAACCAUUGUGUGAAGAUAAAAGGUUGUGGUGGAGAAAAGAAAUGGACUGGUUGAUGUCUCCUACAACUUAUAUGGUGGAGCUGGUUCCAAUGAAGCAAAGAGGGUCAGAUGGAUGCACAUUUUAGAUGAUUAACCUCCAAAUAGAAUGUUUCUUACUUGCUCUUGUAUCUUUAUUAUAAAGUAAAAAGUUU